AAUAAACAUAAAAACCAGUUGACUCGGAGUGUCUUCGGUUAAAUAGCCAUAACUUUUGCAUACGGACUCCGAUUUUGACAUAUUUUGACUCUACGGACAUCUACAGAAAAAGUUACAUUCGUUUCUCCAAUUUUUUUAGGCCUAAAAUGGCUUGAAAGAUUGAGUUCUCGCCUCUGAAAGUUUCUGCACCAUUUUCGGAAUUAGCGUUUGUGUCCAUAGCCGUUACCCCUUACAUCAAACUUGAGCAGAAAUAUACAAUGGUUCAUAUUCUAGUGCUUCUGAAGUGAGAAAAAAAUAAGAGAAAAAUAAAAUAAAAAAUGCAAUGUUUGGAUCAUUUUCUGUAUUUCUGAAUAACGUCAUUAGUGACGGGUCAUAACUUGACCCAUCACUUAUGACAGACCUAUGAGACUCGUCACUGAUGAGUUAGUCAUUGGUGAUGGGUCAAAACUUAACCUGUCACUAAUGACUGGCCUACGAUGACCUGUGAGUGAUGAGUCGUCAUUGAUGACGGGUCAAGUUUUCAUUCGUCACCAAUGAUUAGCAUUAGUGACAAGUCACAACUACGACCCGUCACUUUUAUCAUAAGUGACAGGUUAUAUUACGACCCGUCACUUAUAUAGUGUCUCCUUUAUCUAUUUUUUACGUAGUGUCUUCGUGGUAAUCUCUCAGGUCUGCCAACAUGCUCUCCAACUAUGGAGGAUCAUGGAGGAAAAAAAUCACAGCAUGGUUUUAGCAAUUUCCAUUCUUUUUUGUGCACAGUUAUUAUUCUUACAUAGGGUAGUUUAGGGAUACAAGACUUCGAUGUGCAAAAUAACGCUCUUAUAUAUAAAUGCUUAUAUAAGUUAAUGGCCGAAGAUGGAGUCAAAGUAGAACCUUAUCAAGAAUAAAUAUUUGGGAUAAAAACCCUUAUCGCAAGUAAUCAGGAAGGCCGUUGAUUCUCAUUUCUAGGCAGGAUUGAUGAAGGUGAAGCGGUAUUUUCUUCGUUUUGGUACCUUCAUCGUUAAAGAUGGCUCACAAAUUAGAUUUUGGGAAUAUAUAUGGCUAGAAAAUUUACCCUUUGCACAUAAUAUCCUUGCUUAUAUAACAUUGCCUGGGACAAACAAGAUACAGUAGCCAAUGUCCUUCAAUCCCACCCACCAAAUAGCUUUCCUCCAGGAGCUGAUCAUAGUAAAGUUGAUAGUGUGGAACAAUUUACUCCCUCACCUUAUCAAUAUCAAUCUCCACUAAGAGCCAGAUAAAUUUCGGUGGAAUUUGAACAAAACUGGAAAGUUCUUAGUAAACUCUUUUUAUAGGACACUCAUACAUAAUGAAGAACCUAGAGUAAACCAGAAGUUUUGGAAACUAAAGAAUCCUUAAAAUAUUUUUUUUUUCUUUGGUACCUUCAUAAAGGGUUUCUUAUAACUAUAGAUAAUCUAAUCAAAAGAUAAUGGUAAGGUAGCUAGAAAUGUUGUUUUUGUUAAAAAAAACGAGAUGAUUAAGCAUCUUUUAUUUGAUUGCCGUUUUUCUAGAUGUGCUUGGCUCAUAAUCCAAGUGGCUUCUAAUCUAUACCCAUCAAGAAGUGUUACAAACAUAUUUGCCAACUGGCUUGAUGAGAUUAGUAGUCAAUAGAAAUAGAAAAUAAUGGUAGCAUCAACUGCUUUUUGUUGGUUGUUAUGGCUACGUAGAAAUGAUGUGGUUUUUAAUAAGAUGAAAAUUAAUUAUUCUUUAUAGGUUAUUUUUACAUAUACAUAUUAUUUCGACAAGAACGCCAACAUAUGGUCUGCUUAUCGAAGUGGCAUUUGCUUGCCUGCAAGCUUCCCCUCGGUCAAGGCCGGCAAUGCAGGAUGUCUAUCUGAAACUUGCUCGCCACAAACCUUCUUCUUCUUUUACCUCACAUUCUCAUGUACUUACACAAGAAGAAAUAGCGGAAGGUGAACUGUAAGGUCAUUCUUUUGCCGACAUGAUGCAUCAGGUUUGAGUGGCUGAGCGUUGUACUUCAGUCGCGCUUGAAGACUUUACUACUUCAUCAUAACAAACCUAUCAGUAUUGAAUAAAGGUCGAACAAAGCGGUACGUGCGCUAUGUGGCCGACAUGAUGCAUCAAAGAAUGAUCAUGGUAAUAUUAUUUGGUUUGCGCUAAUUAUCUAAAAUAUUAUGGUUUUUGUUGCACCUUUGCACCAUCUCUUAGGCAGCCCUGCUAAAAAAUUUUGUUGUGUAUUUGUCAUUGGUUUGUUUUGUAUUUAAUUAUUUUUUCUGAAAACUUGUUUGUUUUUAUUCUAUAGAGUCUAACUAAUCAGUGGUUACAGUAGCUCCAAAUUCCGUUGCAACAAAUUCAAGCUCCCAUCCGUUUCAGAUUUGCACAAAUCCAAGGCAUAUGCAAGAACCCCGUGCCUUGCGUUGCAUCUCGUUCUCUCACCAUGGCAUCCAGCAACCUUGUCCUCUGCUUCCUGGCCUUCUUACCCGUCUUCCUCGCCGCCACCAUCGCCGGGGAGAGCUGUGAGCCGGGACGCGUGUUCCCGCACGACCCGCUCCCGGGCUGCCACGCGUACGUGCUGCGCCGGUGCGCGGGCGACGACCCAACUGGCGUGCGGGCGCGGUGUUGCCAGCAGCUGAGGGACGUGGCGCCGUCCUGCCGGUGCGACGGGGUGCGGGCCAUGGCGGAGGUGCUGGUCGAGAGGAGGCAGCGCCGCCGGCAUGCCAAAAGGUUACCAUGGCUGGCAUCGUCGUGGCCCUGCCGGCGCACGCCGAGUGCAACCCUGGAGGCGCCACCGGUGCCACUCGGCGGGGACUGCCUCCUGCAAGCCCCUGACUAGUGAGGAGGUUGUUCGCUAAUAAAAUGCUUGAUGACAUCGCAAUGCGUGGGGUUCGCAUGUGUGAUACGGUGACUUGAACCCACUGCU